AUGGCGCUGGAGGAGACCCAGAACAAUGGGUCCGCGGUGGCGGUGGCCCCGAAGGAAGGUGUUCCAUUGCCACUGAAACAACCGCAACAGCAGCAGCAAGGUCAAGCGCAGAUUCAACCGUCAACAUCGAACGAAAAGCUGAACAACAUCGUUAACGGCGGUGGCGGCGGCGCAGGCGGCGGCGGAGCAUCGGAAAAGUCACGAUCCAACAACAAACAGAACGAUACAAACACAGCGUUCCUGCGGGCGGCGCGAGCAGGCGAUCUUCAGAAGCUGAUAGAGUAUCUCGAAACGGGCCAGGUGACCGACAUCAACACGUGCAAUGCGAACGGUCUCAAUGCCCUGCAUCUGGCAGCGAAGGACGGGCACUAUGACAUCGUGAACGAGCUGCUGAAGCGUGGCGCCAACGUGGACAACGCGACGAAGAAGGGCAACACCGCGCUCCACAUCGCGUCGCUCGCCGGCCAGAAGGAGAUCAUACAUCUGCUGCUGCAGUACAACGCGUCGGUCAACGUGCAGUCGCAGAACGGCUUCACGCCCCUGUACAUGGCCGCACAGGAAAACCACGAUGAGUGUGUAAAUUAUCUACUCGCCAAGGGCGCUAAUCCCGCGCUGGCCACCGAGGACGGCUUCACACCGCUGGCGGUAGCAAUGCAGCAAGGUCACGACAAAGUGGUGGCCGUGCUGCUCGAAAGUGAUACGCGCGGAAAGGUGCGAUUACCGGCGCUGCACAUAGCGGCCAAGAAGGAUGACGUCAAGGCGGCAAAGUUGCUGCUCGAGAACGAACACAACCCGGACGUUUCGUCGAAGAGCGGCUUCACACCGCUGCACAUUGCCGCGCACUACGGCAACAUAAACGUCGCCCAGCUCCUGAUCGAGAAGGGUGCCGACGUGAAUUUUACCGCCAAACACAACAUCACCCCGCUGCACGUGGCCUGCAAGUGGGGCAAACUGAACAUGGUGAAGCUGCUGAUCACGAACCAUGCCCGCAUCGAUAGUAUCACGCGCGACGGACUAACGCCACUGCACUGCGCCGCCCGUUCCGGCCACGAUCAGGUGAUCGAGGUGCUGCUGGAGCAGGGGGCCGAAAUAAUUUCGAAGACCAAAAACGGACUCGCCCCGCUCCACAUGGCGGCCCAGGGUGAGCACGUCAGUGCGGCCCGCAUCCUGCUGAUGAACAAAUCGCCCGUCGACGAUAUCACCAUCGACUACCUGACGGCGCUGCACGUGGCCGCCCACUGUGGGCACGUGAAGGUGGCCAAACUGUUGCUGGAUCGCAACGCCGAUCCGAAUGCGCGGGCACUGAACGGCUUUACGCCGCUGCACAUCGCGUGCAAGAAGAACCGCAUCAAGGUGGUGGAGCUACUGCUGAACCACGGUGCUACGAUCGGGGCGACGACCGAAAGCGGGCUGACGCCGCUGCACGUGGCCAGCUUUAUGGGGUGCAUGAACAUCGUCAUCUAUCUGCUGCAGCACGACGCCAGUCCGGACAUUCCGACGGUGCGGGGCGAAACGCCGCUCCAUCUGGCGGCCCGGGCCAAGCAGACGGACAUCAUACGCAUUCUGCUUCGAAACGGGGCGUACGUUAAUGCGCAGGCUCGCGAGGAUCAAACACCGCUCCACGUUGCAUCGCGAAUUGGCAACGUGGAGAUCGUGAUGCUGCUGCUACAGCACGGCGCCAAGAUUGACGCGAUGACGAAGGACAACUACACACCGCUGCACAUCGCGGCGAAGGAGGGACAGGACGAGGUGGCCGCGCUGCUGCUCGAUAACGAGGCGAACGUGGAAGCGAUCACAAAGAAGGGCUUCACUCCGCUGCAUCUCGCCGCCAAGUACGGCAAUCUGAAGUGUGCCGAGCUGCUGCUGGAACGGGGUGCCCAGGUGGAUGUGCAGGGCAAGAACGGGGUCACCCCACUGCACGUCGCCAGUCACUACGACAACCAGAAGGUAGCCCUGCUGCUGUUGGAGAAGGGUGCGUCCCCGUACUCGCCGGCCAAGAACGGGCACACGCCGUUACACAUUGCGUCGAAGAAGAACCAGCUGCACAUUGCGACCACGCUGCUGGAGUACAAGGCGGACGCAAACGCGGAGAGUAAGACGGGCUUCACGCCGCUCCAUCUGUCCGCCCAGGAGGGCCACGGUGAGAUGGCCCAAACGCUGCUGGAGCACGGUGCCGAUCCGAAUCACGCGGCUAAGAACGGGCUGACGCCGUUGCAUCUGUGCGCCCAGGAAGACCACGUGGGCAUCGCGGAGACACUGCUCGUGCACCAGGCGCGCAUCGAUCCGGUCACGAAGACCGGCUUCACGCCACUCCACGUCGCGGCACACUUCGGGCAGGCCGGUAUGGUGAAGUAUCUGAUCGAAAACGAUGCGAACAUCGAGAUGAAGACGAACAUCGGACAUACGCCGCUGCACCAGGCCGCCCAGCAGGGCCACACGCUGAUCAUUAACAUUCUGCUAAAGAACAAGGCCAACCCGGAGGCGGUAACGAACAGUGGCCAGACGGCGCUGGCGAUCGCCGACAAGCUGGGAUACAUCACGGUGGUGGAAACGCUGAAGGUGGUCACCGAGACGAGCGUCACGCACACGGUCGACGAGAAGCUCAAGAUCGUCGGUCCGGAAACGAUUCACGAGACGUUCCUGUCCGACUCGGAGGACGAAGGACCGGAAGGUGGCGGUGGUGGUGGUGGUACGCCACCUCCCGACGCGAAAGCCCUCGUGGAGGCGCAGCACUUGUACGGUGGUAGUGGCGCCAUCAAAUACUAUCAAUCGCAAAUGCGUUACACACGUGAGGAUCCGAUCAUGUCCGACCAGCAGCAGUACAACUACAUGACGAGCGACGAGAACAAGCAGUUCGACGAUACGCACCUCACCAACAUGAGCAUCGAUCCGAUGAAGGACGACAAGUACCUGGAGAAGAUUAUCUCCCGGGCGGAGAACUACACCGUGUCGGCCGACCGGUCCCACACGCCCAACCCGCUCGACAUCACCGUGACGGACAACGUCAACAUCACCCGGAAACCGAUCCACGUCGGGGAGCUCUAUAGCGAUGCUCUGUCGCUGACGAUCGCGUUGGCCAACAACAUGUACGGCGACGGUGGUGAUCGGCAAAAGUUUGUUCCAUUGAGUAGGGAAAGAUUUCUGGUAUCGUUCCUGGUCGACGCACGGGGCGGUGCCAUGCGCGGCUGUCGUCACAGUGGCGUGCGGGUAAUUGUGCCGCCCCGGUCGGCGGCCCAGCCCACCCGGAUCACCUGUCGGUACGUGAAACCGCAGCGCAUCACCAACGCGCCGCCACUGAUGGAGGGCGAAGCGCUGGUCAGCCGCAUCCUCGAGCUGGCCCCGGUCGGUGCAAAGUUCCUUGGUCCGGUCAUCCUGGAGGUUCCGCACUUUGCGUCGCUGCGCGAUAAGGAGCGCGAAAUCAUCAUCCUGCGCUCGGAUAACGGCGAAACGUGGCGUGAGCACACCCUGUACGACAGCGAGGAAGCGAUCCACGACGUGCUGAACGAGACGUUCAAGGGCGACACGCUCAACUUCCUCGAGGAUCUGCACACGAACCGGAUUACGCGCGUGCUGACCAACGACUUUCCGCACUACUUUGCGAUCGUAUCGCGCAUCCGGCAGGAGGUGCACGCGAUCGGCCCGGAGGGUGGCACCGUUUCGGCGACGGCCGUCCCGCAAGUGCAGGCCAUCUUCCCGCAGAACGCGCUCACGAAGAAGAUCCGCGUGGGGCUGCAGGCACAGCCGAUCGAUAUGGGCACGACCGCCAAUCUGCUCGGCCGGAGCGUGGCCGUUUCGCCGGUGGUGACGGUGGAACCGCGGCGCCGCAAGUUCCACAAGGCGAUCACCCUAAGCAUGCCGGCCCCGAAGGCGUACAACUCGGGCAUGAUCAACCAGUACUCGGGCAAUGCGCCCACGUUGCGCUUGCUGUGCUCGAUCACCGGCGGCCAGAACAAGGCGGUCUGGGAGGAUGUGACCGGGUCGACACCGCUCACGUUCGUCAACGAUUGCGUGUCGUUCACGACGACCGUGUCGGCGCGCUUCUGGUUGAUGGACUGCCGGAACAUUAGCGAGGCGACUAAGAUGGCGACCGAGCUGUACGCGCAGAUGGCCCACGUGCCGUUCAUGGUGAAGUUUGUCGUGUUUGCGAAGCGCGUCGAGCAGAGUGAAGCCAAGUUGAGCGUGUUUCUGAUGACGGACGACAAGGAGGACAAGACGCUGGAGCAGCAGGAGCACUUUACCGAGAUUGCGAAAUCGCGUGACGUCGAGGUGUGCGAGGGACGCACGAUCUAUCUGGAGUUUGCCGGCAAUAUCGUGCCGGUACAGAAGUCGGGCGAACAGCUGGCUCUACAGUUCCACGCGUUCAAGGAGAACCGGCUCACGUUCACGGUGAAAAUCCGUAACACGCUGGACGAGCUGCUGGGGCGCAUUUCGUUCAUGAACGAGCCGAAGGUGGCGAAGGGUGAACCGAUCCAGACGCCACUGUGCACGCUAAACUUCACGCUGCCGCCCGAGCGCUACGGGCUCGGUGGUGACGAGCUCGAGACGACGUCCGAGUUCGACCGGAGCUCGACGGAGAUACUGAACGGCAGCGAGCAGCAGCUCGUGGCAUCCGCGAACCGCGGAAAAACGUUUGCGUUCGCGUUCCAGAACGGUGCCGCCGGUGGUGAGGCCAACGAGAUCCACAAGGCGGACAUUAAGAUUACGGACAUUUGCAACCUGAUCGGUUCGGACUGGCCGCUGCUGGCGGAGGAGCUGGCGAUCGCACCGACCGACGUGGAUCUGAUCCGAACGGAGUACCCGAACGAUGAGGCGCAACAGGCGAUCGUGAUGCUACGGCUGUGGUUGCGCCAGGCCGGCAAGGACGCGACGGGCAACGUGCUCGAGCAGGCACUGAUCAAGAUCGAUCGGCGGGACAUUGUGAACAAAUCGAUCACCAACCUGGAACCGGUGACGGAUGAGUACGAGCGGAAGGUUGCCCAGCGGCAACUCGGUUCGAUGAACGGACUCGACGAGAUCGAUCCGCCGGCCAAGCUAAACGGUGUCCCGCCGGCAAUGGCGGCCGCCAGAGCCAUGGAGGAAUCGACGGCGGACGAAAAGCAGGAGCACGAGGAAGUCGAGAAACACCAACGGCAGCAGGUAGGUGGUGAGAAUGGGUCACCGACCACGUCGUCGCCGGAUCAGACCGAAGCGUACCAGCAGAUACGGCGCGAAAGCGAAAUCCUGGGCAUCGCGGCCGUCAAGAAGGAGGACCUUUCGACGCCGCCACCCAGCCCGGCCGACUUUAGCACCCAAGUCAGCCAGAACAGUCACGCGGACGAGCGUCACGAUGCAGUCGCGGAGGAUGUGCAGGAGAUCAUUCAGCAGGCGAUCAAAGAUCACGACACACAGGAGGAGGAGGAGGAGGAGGACGGACAGUACGGCGAUGACCGGGACGAGGCACGGUUGCCGGCGACGCUGGUGGUGGUGGGGUCCGAUGGCGGCGAAGACUCCGAGGGCUUCGAGCUGGAAACGGACCGCAGUGGCAAGGUCAAGACGAUCAAGAAGCACUCGAAGGUGAACCUCAAGAUCAACAAAACGGUUCCCGCCCGGCCGACGGUCGGUGACAUUGAAUGGGAGGCACAGCAGCCGCCGGCACCGCCGCCGCAGAUCGAAAUCUCCUCCGUCAACCUGGAGGACGUGUCGAACGAUCGGCGCUACAGCCUCGAUCACAUCGAUCCGCCGGGCGAUGGUCUGAGCACCGCCGGUACCGGUCGUACCUACGAAAAGUCCCACUCAACGCCGGGCCACGACGCGACACAGAAGUCGGAGCAGAUCGUGAUCGUUUCGUCCGACAACAACAUCUCGGAGGUGCCGGCCGACUACUCCGGUGACAUUGACGAGUUCAUCUUCGUCCAGACGUCGCCGGAGAACUAUGCCAAAAUGGAGCAGGAACAGCAGGAGGCGCGCGCUGCCGGCGGCGUCGGUGGACGCGGUAGUCUGGGGACGGACGAGGACGACAACAGCAAUCUAGUGAUCAUCACGGAGGAGCACUACGACUACGAGAUGACCAGCGACGAAGAUCGUCGAUCGUCGAGCGUACUCGAUCCGUCACCCCCGGAGGAGAAGGAUCUCGAGGGGUACACGGUGCCCCCGUCGUCGGACGGCGGUGCCGGCCAGAAGCGGUUCAUCGUCGGAAGCGGAAGCAGCAGCUCGGAGAGCGAAGAUGAACCGCGCGGCCACCGGGGGCAGCGACCCCCGACGGCCGCUGUCCGCCGCACGGUAACGACGACGACGAAGCGGACGAGGAUCGAACCGUCCGGACUGACGAUCACUGAGGACGAAACGGUGGUACUGAGGGCGGAAGAGGCCGAGCCAGCCGGGAGCCCCCUGAUAACCGUUAGCCAGCCACCACCACUAGCAGGAGUAGUAGCAGGGGCCACGCAGCCACAGCCACCGUCGAGCAGCACCAGCAACAACUUCUCCUUCCGGACCGGUGGAUCCUCGAGCGGUUCGGACGUGGCCCUCCACGAGGCGGCCGGCGAGCUGAGCGAUGACGAUGAAACAGAAAACUUUCUUGUCCAGACCAACGACCAACCGAGCGGGCUGGAACCGAGUGAACCACCAACCGAGCAGCGCCUAGGCGGCAGCAGUACCCAGCGUACGGAAACGAACACCAUCGUCGACGAGUCCGAUGAUGGCACCGUUCGUACCACAGUCAUCACCACAACGACAACGCUUAACGCGUCCGGAGACGAGAUACCGGACGAUCUGGAAGAGCAGCUACUCAAGCAGCUGCGCGAUCAGCAGUUGCUUCAGGAGGCACAGCAGCAGCAGCUGCAGCACCACCCCCAACAGCAAGAUGGCAAUCAGCGGACGGUGAUAGUAACGAGCACCGCUUCCGACGAAGACCCGGCAGCCGGUGCUGAGAAAAGUGCGACCCGCGUGACGACAACGACGAAAACGAUAACCCUCGCGCCGGACAGCGACUUCCCGGAGGACGAGCUGCUGCAGAAGAUCACAACGACCACGACCACGCACACGGCGCAACCGAACGUGCCGGAAAUGGUCAAGGAAACGACCGUCACGGUCACCGAGAUGGUUGAUGGGCGAACGUUGGAUGGGGCCGCGAAGGCAGCACUCAAUAAUAUUGUCGACGAGUUCAUGAACCAGGAGCGAAAGAACUAAGCAGAAUGACGAUGACGAUGCCAGUUAGUUGGUCCAGCUCGUGCGACUACCACCGGGCGGUCAUUUGGCAAUCCACUGUCACCGUUUAAAAUUCUUAGUGCCUGGUCCUGGCGGGCCUUGGCCGGUUUCAACGGGACGGCUUGCUGCUUUUCUUCAACUCUACUCUACAAGAAACAUGAGUUGUAAAAUCAACUAAAACCACGCAAGCGGUUCGGGGGCAAUUGCUGCGCCGGAUUCGUCCUAGCCCGAGCCUCGGUUUUUUGUUUGUUUGUAAACUUGGUUUGGCCAAAAUUGACACACAAUUUAAGAGCCACAGCCAGAUGCUGUGUUCGGCGGGAGUUUGCCAGCGAAGCAAACGAACUAGUUUUACAUUAACAGAAAGUAUUUCGUCCGUCGUUCGUGGCGGGGCACGCUAAGGAUAUUACAGAACGGAGCCGGGCGCUAGUGGCGAAUCUGUUGUGCUUCGAGGGAUGAAACCAAGCUUAACGUACAAAAAUGGCGCGUAUCGUGUUACAGUCCGACGCCCGGCAGCCCGCGGCUCGGGGAUGCAUCGGUUUGCGUCGAGCAGCAAGGAAAAGCCCCAAUUCUCUUCCCCGGUGUCCGGUCAUCCGAGAUGGCAAACCGAUUUCACAGAACACACACUCAACAGACGCACUCUAUUGCGAACGGCGCAUAUUCAUAUACAUAUUUAUCGCGAGGCAACUUCAACGGCCGGAAGGGAAGUUUCUUUAGCACGUAGUUUAAUCGAACGAACACAACAAAGCAGAUGAGAAAUCGAAGCGACAAAUAAUUGCAUAAGAAUCCACACCUUUAGCAAGAUACAUUAAGCGGUGUUCCACAGCAGAAGAGACAAAAUCUAACCACUAAAAGAUAUCAAAACGAUCGCGAUCGAUCGUCACCUUUGAAGCUUUGCCAAUCAUCCUGCAUGGCCUCCUGCACCCAUUACCAACCAUUACGGUAGCAGCAAAACGGUGGCCUCUGGCGAAGAGGAAAUCUUCGUUCGGGCUUGGGGGCAGAACGGGCCAACUGAAGGUGGGGCCGAUUGGUGGGCGCCAAUAUCAUUGGCCUGGGUGUGUAAUAUUGCUUCGCUUCGCUUCGCUGACUCAGUCACAGCACAAAGGCAACAGUAAGUAGCGCGAAAACGUAGCAUUGGAGGAAACAAUUGAAACGGUUUGGUAAUUGCGUUCAAAAUUGGAAUCAGUGUAAUAGCGGCGGCGCCCGCGCUGCCGCGCCGACGUGUCCCCGUGAGUUUUAACAUUGUUUAACUAUAUAUUUAUUGUGCGUGCCCUGGAGGAUAGCAUUAGGUUUAGCGGCUGGCGGAGAGCACGAAUGUUUGUUUUGCAAUUCUAGUGUUUUUACGUAUUUUUUAUGAUUAUUGAUAUUUUUUUCCUUUCGACUUCCAUCUUUUCCGACUCAACACACCAGCACCAGUGUGUCUGAGUGUGCAGAUGGACAAAGUGAAUGUUGGAAUUUUCGUUUUCUCUUUGCGUUUGAUUAAUUUUAGCGUCUCGCCGUACGUAGUGUAAGAGUCUAUUUGUGUUGCAUUAUUUCCUAACGUUGCCCGCAACGGUUAGCCACUCUCUCGAUCGGUCUGUGUUUCUCUGUGCGUCAAAUCGGCUUAUGCUUAUGCGGAGCUUGUGAAAUGUUUCCACUAUUUCCGCUAUUAUUUA